GUAAGAUACAGUUAGGAUUGCAUCUUUUAUUCAAGUAAUACAAAAUAAAGUAUAUUUAUUAUAAAUUGAUAUAACUGUUAUUAUAAUUUGGUACAUGUUAAAUAUUGAGUUAAAUGUGAAUUAUUGAAGUGUACACACAUUAGCGGUGAAAAUUUAGUGAUUUGUAACACUGCAAGUUUUUAUGUUGGUAGUGAAUCACAUUCCAGAAAACAAACUUUGUUGUAAAAUCUGAGUGGGCAUAUAAAUGUGCAAAUAAUUUAGUGCAGUCAAAGUCAAAACAACUACAAAAUUAGCGUUCGUAUAAGUAAUAGCAACACAUAUAGAGAAUGACUGAAGCGGUUGUAGAGCAAACGCAAGUAACAUACGCCCACUACAACUUCGAGAAUACUGCACUUGAAUUGGCGAGGUCCCAGUGGCCGAAUUAUGCUGACCAGCAUUAUCUUAGGGGCUGUAAAUGGUCCCCCGACGGCACGUGCCUGCUCACGGUGGUCCGUGGGGCCGGCAUGCACGUUAUGGAGCUUCCCAGUGAUCUGUACACGGGCGAUAGCGUUAUGACAAGCCGUCCGAUAGCGGCGCUAAACCCGGCCGUCAGUGUUCCCGAGAAUGGUUUAAUUUACGAUUAUUGUUGGUACCCGGGAAUGAACAGCGCCAACCCUGCCACUUGUUGUUGGUUGUCUUGCGGCCACGAGGGUCCUGUACAUUUGUGGGAUGCCUUUACCGGUGAUUUGAGGUGCUCUUACAGGGGUUACAAUUUUGUUGACGAAGUGGAAGCACCAAUUAGUGUGACGUUUUCAGCUGACGGCCAGAAUAUUUUCUGUGGACAUAAAAAAAGCGUGAAAAUAUUCAAUACAAGUCAGCCUGGAAGAGAAUACACUGAAUAUGCCACAAAUCAUCCUGCAUCCUGUAUUGUUGCUAGUCAGGCACAGCCAGGAAUUGUAGCCAUAGGAACAUGGAAAAAUACAAUUGAGUUGGUUUCCCAAAGUGAUGGUACCUUCAGACACUUGUGUAAAUUAACUGGACACAAAGGAGGAAUUACAACAAUGACAUUCUCACUGGAUGGUUUUAGGUUAUACAGUGGAGCAAGAAAAGACAAAGAAUUAAUCUGCUGGGACCUUCGUGUACCGGGAAGGCCACUCUUCACAUUACAGAGGGAGGUGAGCACUAAUCAGAAGAUUACCAUUGACUUGUCUAUGGAUGGCAAGUGGCUCGUCAGCGGCGGUACUGAUGGUAAAGUACAAGUGUGGAAUGUAUCCGAGGUCACUUAUCCUUCAAUUCACAUGCAAAUGAGCCUGCACUCGGACAGUUGCAACGGGGUCAGUUUGCACCCGUACAGGCCAAUUCUGGCCACCGCAUCCGGCCAACAUCACGCCCUCGAUCCACUGCAUCACACUAGAACGGCGAUGAUUUACGAGAAUGCAUUGUGCAUGUGGUGGGUCGGCCAGCAGCAGGACGAUCCCGAUCUUAUGGCGACCAUUAUCAAGCAGGCUACCAACUCGUCUGCAAUUUAAAAUAUAUACAUUUGUUAUUUAUUAUUUUGUUUUUAUAAAUUGAAUUCGCACGUUAGUAGUUAGCGUCAUGAUGGAUUAAAGAUUGUAAUUUUCUAA